AUGCAACGUGCUAGUCCUUUAGCAUGGAAUACAUUUGAUACGAGUAAUGUUCACAACGGCAUUGAAUUACAACAACGACAAGAAUAUCAACAACAAAGAUUGUUGAACAGUAUUCAAUCAUUGUAUAACCAUAGUAAUAAUCAUAAUAAUAAUAAUAAUAAUAAUAAUAAUAAUAAUAAUAGUAAUAGUAAUAAUGCUAUGGAAUUGGAUUCAUGCCAAUUGAAUACAUCAACUAUGGAUAUUGACAAUCAUAUGUCUGCGCUACCAUUUAAUCAAUUCAUCAGUAAUAUACCGAAUUUAUUGAAUACUAUCAGUAAUAAUAAUAAUAAUAAUAAUAAUAAUUUGGAAAGAAAUAUCAUGACAUCUUUAACUAUGACAUCGUUAUCCACAUCAUUGUCCUCUUCAACGGUAUACACAUCGUCCUCGUCGUUGUCGUCAUCAACAGCAACAACAACAACAACAACAACAUCGUCCUCUUCUACAAUCAACACUGCAAUUCCAUCGAUGUCAAUGAAUCCACACAGUACAGCAGCAGCUGCUGUAGCUGCAGCCGCUGCAUGGUAUCCUUUAAGUUUAGCAAUGGAUGAAAUGGCUCAAAGUUUAAGUGAGUAA